GCGGUAGAUCACUGGCCAAUUACGGCUUCUCGUACAUCUUUUGCUACACGCCUAUACGGGCAAUCGAAUUCACCUCCAGACAACCCCCACCACUCCUCAUACCGCGUGCGGGACAGCACAUCGACACGCCGGCGAAGGCGCUCCAAACAAACCCAUCCCAUCCCUCUCGACAUAGUGUUGGCCCACCAUGGCCGCCGAACAACGCCGCGCCCUCGAACAGCUCAUGGGCGACAUGUCGUCGGGCGGCGGACUAGGCACCUUCAAACAACCCGCCCUCACCCUCCACGACCCCAAGGUCUGCCGCUCCUACGUGGCCGGCUCCUGUCCCCACGACCUCUUCACCAACACCAAACAAGACAUUGGCGCGUGCCCCCGCGCGCACCAGCCGAACUUGAAGGAGGAAUAUGAGGCCCUCCCGGCUGAGGAGAGGAAAGCGCUGGGAUUCGAGUGGGAUUAUAUGAGGGACAUUCGGAAUUAUGUGGACGAUUGUGAUAGACGCAUCCGGCAGUCGCAGGAUCGGCUGGAGAAGACGCCGGAGGAGGUGAAGCAGACGAAUGCCUUGCUGAAAGCGAUCUCGGACUUGGCGCGGACAAUCGAGGCCGGGUUGCUGGAGGUGGAGAUUUUGGCGGAGGAAGGCGCGGUGAACCUGGCCGUGCAGGAGUAUCAUAAGCUCAAGCUCGCCAAGAGCACGAAGGAGGAGAAGGAGAGGGAGUUGAAGACGCUGUCGGACACGUCGGGGCCGAGCGGGCAUCAGAAGUUGCAGGUUUGUGAUGUUUGUGGGGCGUAUCUGUCUCGGCUGGAUAAUGAUAGACGCUUGGCGGAUCACUUCUUCGGGAAGAUGCAUAUCGGGUAUGCGUCGAUGCGGAAGGAGAAGGCGAGGUUGGAUAAAGAGUUGGCGGGGCGGGUGGAGCCGGGGAGGGCUGUGAAGCAGGAGGGGUUUGGGGAUGGUGGGGGCAGGGGGUUCGAGGAUGGGUAUGGAGGUGGGGGGCAUGGCGGUGGAGGUGGGGGAUGGGGGAGGGGAGGGCGUGGUGGGGAUGAGAGGUGGGGUGGGCGCGGCGGGAGAGGAAGGGGGAGGGGCGGGUAUUCGCAGAGGUGGUAGUGGCAUGACACGGAUAGGUUCAUUGACUUGCUCGAAUUUAGCGAGGCGUCUUGGUCGGAGAGCGACGAAUGGUGGACGGAGUUUUUAUCUUGAUUGAUGCCGACGUGAAAGUGGAAUGAGAGGCC